AUGGCAGCAGCCAAUCCAGCCCUCGGCCUGGACAUGUUCGGAGUGUUGGUGAUGAGUCCCUACAGUGGUUCCACUGGUGAUUUAAUGACGAUGGUUGAGCCAGCCCUCGCCAGUGCCACACAAGAUAUUGAGAACAGCAACAUUCUUCCAGGCUACCGAUUACGGAUGUUGCUGGUGGACACGAAAUGCAACGCAAGAGAUGCCACCGUGGCAACAGUUACGGCAUUGUCGACGGGUGUGCCAAAGCACAUCAUUUUCGGUGAUUCUUGCAGUUCUGCGUGCGAAGCGAUAAAUGAUGCGGCUUCUUUCUUCAAUGUGCUUCAGGUAGGUCCGGGCUGCACGUCUACGAGCCUGAGCGAUUCGGUCCGGUACCCCUACUUCACCCGAAUGGCUCCGUCGUAUCGUUUCAACAUCUUGGCCGUAUACGAGUUCCUGAAACUUCUGAAUUUUCACAGAGUUGGCAUUGUGCACGGGUUCAAUACUAUCAACAUCCUUGCGAAGGACAUGUUUGUGGAGCUUAUCCAGGCAGAUGUGGAUUCAGAGGCUUAUGCAUGGGCAAUCCUGCACAUAAGCGCCGUCACCAGCGCGGGUAAUAUUCCCGAUGCCCAGCAUGCGCUGGCCGAAAUGCAUCGGACAGACUCACGCAUCAACUUCGUGGCACUGUAUGCAGACACUGGGUCCAUGUUGCUGUGCCAAAGUUACAAGCUAAACAUGCUCUCCCCGGACUACAUCUUCAUCGUGGCAUCUGGUUGGUGGAACCCUGGUUUCAUCUUGGAGAGAGCAGGUGCCGAGGAUUGUCCUUGCACUGCAGAGGAGUUACACCGUGCAGCAUAUGGUAUGUUGGCAUUGGAUCGCGGUCCUAUGCAACAAACCAAUGAUCUGCAUGAACUCUCUGGUGUGCGACUUGCAGACAUCUACGCAAACUACACGUCCGAAUGUAGUGGCUUUGCAAAUGGCAAUGGCCCUUGCAACCACCAGUGGGCUGCAUAUUUCUACGAUGGCUUGUGGUUGAUUGCACAUGUUCUGCAUGCUUAUUUGGUAGAUGGAGGGAGGUCAAUAUCCGAUCUGCGAACUGAAGCCUCGCGUCAAGCCCUUUACGAUUUGUCACUUUCAACAGACUUCGUCGGCCUGACUGGACGGGUGCGGCUGUUCAACUCUGUGGAUCCAACCACAACACCCCCCUCACAUGGAGAUCGGGAAGGAAUCAUCCUUUUCCGCCAGGUGGUCGGAAGCUACGACAAUGCCUUUAAUGAGCUAGCCUACCGGACAGAUUCUGGAAUAGAGUUCAAGGCAGACAUCGCUUGGAGCCCUAUCGUGGAGACAGUUGCCCGGAUGGAACAGUGUUUUCUGUCGAACUUGGAUGCAUCCAGUGCCCUCCUGGCGAGUAUGCCACCAGUGGGAUGCAGGAAUGUCGUGAAUGUGCACAGGGGUCUUUCACAGACCAGCCCGGAAUGGAUUGUCCUGCAGGACCGGGCAAAACAAGCUUCCUUCCUUUUCUCUUUGGAGGGAUUCGGGAGAUGGGUCAGCCAGUACAUGGACGAGCGGGGUGCUUCGCAAUGCAAGAAGUGCCCACUGGGGCAAUAUGCAGAAAAUGACGGCCAGCAGCAAUGCACCAUGUGCCCCCCGGGCCAGACCACGAGUUUUGAGGGCGCUGCCGAGCUUUCCGUUUGCACCUGUGAUGGCUUCUAUUACCAGCAGCAGUGCAUCAAAUGUGCCUUCGGGACACGCUUUGAGGCAGGGUCCUGUGUGAGAUGUGAUCGCACACAGAUUUGCGAAAAUGGCUUGGUUACAGGCAACGCCACGACGGAUGAUGAAUGGGGCAUCACCAUCGACACGGCUGGGCGGCAGCGCACGCUUUCACAGAUAAUGACGAACGAGUUCUUGAUGGUCACCUUGGGUAUCGAUGUGGCAAGGCACAAGAAGGUAAUGCAGGAUGCAAUGACCCUUUUUCAAGACACCCUCGAGGACCUGCGUGUAGGGAACCCGCAGCUGCAGAUCAUUCCAGCCCCCAGCGACGAUGUGCGGGAAACCAUCGAAAACGAACUGACAGAGAGGAAGCUCGCAAUGUAUGAGCUGCUGAAUGACAACGUAGACUUGUCCACAGACGUCUCGGAAUCAGUUCUCCACUCUUUGUACAUUCAAAAUCAGCAGCUGUUCGAUCUCUCUAACCAGGUGGUGAGCCUCCUUGUCGAUGCAGCCCAGUCUGCCGGCGCACGCUUGAAUGGCUUGCUUGCAAACACGGCCGGACGCCAGCGGUCUCUCAUUCAGAAGAUGUUGAAAAACGUGUUGUUUGUCGCGAAGCGGGUAGAUGUGGAAUCUAACGUGGAAGAAUUGCGCAGCAACCUCGAUGUUUUUGAAGCCAGCCACAGCGCCAUCCUCCGCGGCGCAGACUGGGCCGGUAUUCCUCAGCUGACUCGCAUGUGCACUAUACAUCAAAUGAAGUCAGUCACGUUUUACUACCAGGAAGUCCGGAGUUUGGCUCGCAAGGUUUUCAAUGCACGGUCACAGGCCGAAAGCAUUGAUACCGCCUUGCUUGUGGCGAGCAACAUGUCUGCCAACGUCGACCCGCUUGCUGUCGCAAUGAGCGAGGCAGUCAAACUUUAUGUGAAUGACCCUGGUGACUGUGACCCCCUGGCGACGAUCACAGACAGUGAGUGGGCCAAAUUGCUGAAUGGCCUUGCUGAGCAACAGAUCACCAGUCAGAAGAUAGCUCGGCUUUACAUGCAAGUCGCGAACAAUGUCAUGGUCGAGCAGAGCAAGGUGGAUCUCGCUGUGGAAGUCACCAGCAACACGCAGCACCUUGGCAGAUCCAUUUCCUUUGUAGGCCUCCAAGGCCUCUAA